UGGAAAUCCCUCGCUUGGAGCAUUAAAGCUGUCUAUAUUAGACAACGCACAUUUUCGCAGAGGUCUUCUUAGAAACAUCGGUGUAGAGCACGAACAAUAUGGCGGAUAUUCCUUCAAAGAAGAGGCAUUCUGAAAGACGGUUCCGGCAAUACUUAACGGCUGUGGUCGUGAACCUGACCUCACUCGUGAACGGCGUCGCUAUCGGCUGGACGUCGCCGGUGCUCCCGCUGCUGCAGUCGGACGCCAACCCAGUGGAUGGGCUGGCCAUGUCCGACGCGAGCGCGUCCUGGCUGGGAUCCAUCCUGGCCGCAGGAGCGCUGCUGUCGACCCCCUUGUACGGAGUCCUGUGCAAACACUGCAGCAGGAAGAUAGUCGGCUACACUGUCGGGCUGUUUGCCCUGCUGGGCUGGUGUCUCAUCCUGUUUGCACGGUCGCACAUCAUGCUGCUCUUGGGAAGACUCUCUCUAGGUUUUGUAGCAUCUGGAAACAACAUCCUGUGCUCCAUUUACAUUGCAGAAACUGUUGAUGAUGACAUCCGAGGGUCUCUUGGAGCAUUAAUAAGCCUGUUCAUUAGUGCAGGAAUCGUAGUUUCUUAUAUUCUUGGGUCCUAUCUUCCAUACAUGAUAUUCAACAUCAUAUGCCUUCUCAUUCCAGGAGUCUACUUAUUGGCUUUUUGGUGGUUGCCUGAAUCUCCAGUGUACUUGGAGUCCAAGGGACUGCAUUUUCAAGCUCAUAAAGUCAGAGAAUCGCUAAAUAUGAAGUAUAAAAACCCGAAAAUAGAGCAGGCUACUUUGGACAAUAAAAAUGAGAUACAAGGCCAAAAUAAUUUUCUAUUUGAAGCAAUUCAUAACAGAGGCACAAGAAUGGCUCUGGUUAUCGGACUAGGUGUUAUGGCAUGUAACCAGUUCUCUGGGGUAAUGGCAGUUAUUAGCUACACUGUUACCAUAUUCCAGGAAUCAGGUAGUGAAAUGUCACCAAAUGUUUCCACCAUAUUGGUGGGGACACUGCAGGUAAUAGGAGUCUAUUUCACCUCCUUUUUAGUGGACCGUCUUGGGAGAAAAAUUCUUCUCGUAAUUUCUAGUAUCAUUGCAGCGACCUGCCUUGGAACACUAAGUAUUUACUUUUAUUUUAGAAAUCACGAAUAUGAUAUGAGUCACUUUGGAUGGGUUCCUGUGACAUCUCUCUGUGUCUAUAUAAUAGGGAUUGCAAUCGGUGUUGGUUCAAUCCCAUUUAUAGUAAUUGGUGAGAUCUUUGCUCCUAAUGUUAAGAGCAUAGCCAUCACUUUGUGUAUUAGCAUGGGAAAUUUGGGAUCAUUUUUAGUUGCACGGUUCUUUAUGGGCCUCACAAAAACUUUGGGGUUGAGUGGUUGUUACUUGUUAUUUGCAAUUUCCAACCUUUUAUCAGCAGCUUUCUGUUAUUUUGUUGUACCAGAAACAAAGAAUAAGAGUCUUGAGACUAUUUUGAAUGAGUUAAACCGAAAAGAUAUGAAAAAUAACUUAGGUCAGUCAUCAACUAUGGUUUGAGCUUUUGAAUGGAGCUGAACAUCACAUGUGAGAUCUAGCUAAUUUGUAUGGUCAGGUAAUUCAUUUGUAUAUCAUUUCUGUUUUAGAGAAAUGCCUACAUACAAAUUAGUUUUACUGUACCUACAAAAAUUGCAUGUAAUAUUUUGUGCCAAAAUUUUUGUUAUAUUUAUAUGCCACAUGUACC